AACAAAUCCAGUGAAUAAAGGAAUGAAAUAUUGUUCUACAACAGCAGUUAACAGUGAUUCGGUGGCCACCGAGCAAACAUGGAGCUCCCAUCGAACAGAAAACUGGGUAUAUUUGACCCGUUGCAGUUCUCUCUACGGUUUAUCAAGCAACAUUUUCCCAAUCUACAACCAUGGCGCAAAAAUUUAUGUUGCACCUCCUUCUCUACUCCGGCGAUCGUGACCUUAAUCGAUCACCAUCCCCGCCAAGAUACCAACCCUUUUUAUAUUCGUUCUUUGGCACGUAUCCCUCUAGAGAUCGGAGUCCUCCACCGAAAAAGGUGGCGUUCAAGCGCCUCACUAAAAUCCUGGGUCAAAAGACACGCUCAGCUAAAGAAUCACUUGACAAUAUAUCAAGAAGUCCCCGCAAGUUAUGGAGCAGGGCACGUCAGCGACUUUUCCCACGCGCCACCCUUCAAAAACAGUUUUAUAUUCAACAAGCUCGACUAUCAGCCUCUUCGGUGGACCAUGUCGAUGAUUCGAUGGUCAGUGCCGCAAGCCUAGCAGCAACUGAUAGGGCCACAAUAGCAAGCGUGUCGUCGGCUGAUGGUGCAGACCCUCCGCUUGAGAAGAAAGUGCAUCCUGCAAAGAUGAUUCAUACCAACUCUCCUAUACUUCCCCGAAAGCCAGGAAAGUCGAUUCUCAAACCUCUACGAGACAACGUCUUUAUGCAGAGUGAGCUGUGCACAGGUCAAAAGCACACGGCCGCCAACACCUCCCUAAACUUACUCAUGUCAUUCAAGGAUACCACACUGAAAUCCAGGGCCUCGACGGGAUCGCUCUACUCAAGGCUAAGACGCAGCGCCAUGUCCAAAGAUCCGUUGUCGCCAGCCCGAGUACAGAGAACUGCCGCUGGGAUUCUAGCUGUGGAAAGGAAUGAUUAUAGGCCGUCUAAUCCUGGAUGCCACUGCCUGAGGGGCUGUAUCUGUCGAGUUUUGGAAAGAUAUUUCCAGAAUAUCAUUGAUGAGAACACAGCAACGAUAGCACCAGAAGACAUGAUCAAGUCACAGGCGACAAAGAUUAAUGUAGUGCGGUUCGAUCAUGCAGACGUAUAUCCCAUUGAAGCCAUCGAAGAGAGCGAUGACGAAUCCUCGUUGUUUGCUGAUUUCCAAUGGAUUGACGAGUUAGACGUGUUUGAUAAUUACAGACAUGAUAUCCUGAACCUUAUGGGAACGCGUGGUGAUCCUGAGGAUUCUGAUGAAUCGCUAUUGGCUAGUUAAUCAUGGCCUACGGAAUAUGGCUAUGCACAACCCUUCUAAGCCUGUGUUUUCCAAGACACAGAGUACUUGUUCCCCUUUGUUUUACUGACUACCUUUCAAGUUGACCAAAGUAUGAUGAUUUUGUGCUCUUAGGAUUAUUAUUUAUCAUUUAUAGUGAGCACUAGAAACGAGGCUCUACAAGGACAGGAAACUCCCACUUCAAAGCUAGCA